AUGUCUUCCCUCCAAAAGUCAAUUUUGAAAUCGAAACGACCACCGUCGGAUGUCAAUUUUGGAAUUGGCUCUAGGUUAGUUUAUUAUGACUGCUAAAAAUUGAAAAUGUUAACUGAAAUCUUAAUUGAUAUUCUUAUAAAAGCAAUUCAGUAAUGUUCUAAUACGAAUUUAAUGGAAAAUAUUGAAGUUUACCGUUACUAAAUAUUUUAAUUUUUAAUAAUCACCAGGGUUAGUAAGGCAAAAGAUAAGAGAGAUUACGAACCAGUUCAAUGGAUUCCGUAUUUUGAUCAUUCCCAGGAUGUGAAAAUAGGAAAUGACACAUUUCAUAUUUAUAUUAAGGGUACAGAGGGUCCGACAUUAGUAUUGUUACAUGGAGGUGGUUAUAGUGCAUUGACGUGGGCAGAAUUUACUAAAUCACUUAUGACUAUGGUAGUAUGUAAAGUUAUGGCAAUUGACCUUAGAGGUCAUGGAGAUACCCAAACAUCAAAUGAAGAAGAUUUAUCUGCUGAUACCUUGGCAGAAGAUGUUGCAGCAAUAGUGAAUGCAACAACAGAAAAUAAUCCUGUAAUCCUAGUGGGUCAUAGUAUGGGUGGUGCAGUGGCUGUUAGAGCUGCACCAUUAAUCUCAAAUUUAUGUGGAUUAGGAGUUAUUGACGUUGUUGAAGGAACAGCUAUGGAUGCAUUAGCAUCUAUGCAAAGCUUUCUAAGAUCUCGACCAUCUAGUUUUAGUUCUAUCUCUCAAGCCAUAGAGUGGUGCAUUGAAACUAAUAAAUUAGCCACUCACGAUAUCGGUUCGUUAUCACAAUCGACGUGCGAAUGUAAUUCAGGGAUUACGAUCCCACGAGAAGAUAUUAUUCAAGAAGAAGAACCAGUAAAUAUGCCACCACCACCUGCCAGUAGUAUCACUGCUACUAGAAAAUAUGUUUGGAGGAUAGACCUAUCCCGAACUGAACAACAUUGGUUUGGAUGGUUUAAGGAUCUAUCAACUGCAUUCUUAAAUGUACCAGUUCCAAAGGUGCUGUUGCUAGCUGGUGUUGAUAGAUUAGACAGACAACUCACUGUUGGUCAAAUGCAAGGUAAAUUUCAAAUGCAAGUAUUACCAGCAUGUGGACAUGCGGUACAUGAAGAUGUUCCAGAUAAAGUAGCAGAAGCAAUUGCCACUUUUAUGGUUAGACAUAAAUUUGCCGGAUCUGCAUCAGAUUUUCCACGGUAAUUUAAUUUAUAAACAGUUAGGAAGACAUAAUAUGGAAGACAUAAUAUAGGAAGACAUAUUAUAAUACAUAUGAUAUAUUGUUUUUUUAAUCAAUUUCAGAACGUUUCCUGCUUGUUAG